UUAAAUGAUAGCGUUAUUGUGAGGCAUAACCAUAUAAAAAUACAGUAAAAUGCAUCUCAGUAAACAGCUGUAAACAAAACGGAGCUCCAGGUUAAGUAUAUGUGCGGUUUAACUCCAGCCAUGGAUUCCCGGUGGAACUGGAACAGGGUGCGAGUGUAUCUGAGCUGAAAGAGACGGUGGGACGUUUACAGGGAGUACAGCCUGAUCGACUGCGGGUCAUCUUUGCUGGACAAGAGCUCUGCAAUGAAUCCACACUUCAGGGCUGCGAUCUCCCUGAGCAGAGCACGGUUCAUGUGGUUCUGCCCCUGUCCACCUCGAGCCAGCGCUCUGAGCUGGUCCAGCGGCACAGGCCGGGCGGCGGGAUGGAGAGCUUGACCCGACUCGACCUCAGUGGCUCCCGUCUGACCAGUGUGUCUGAAGGCCUGGCUGUCAUUCUGGAGACAGAUGCGUCCAGACAGGGGAACUUCAUUGGACGCACAGGUACAGAGCAAGCUAAAGCCCACAGCAGUUUCUAUGUGUUCUGUAAGACGGUCUGCAAGGCCAUUCAGCCUGGAAAACUACGUGUUCGCUGCAGAGAUUGCAAACAAGGCACUCUUACUCUCAGCAGGGGGCCGUGCUGCUGGGAUGAUGUCCUUCUCCCUAACAGGAUUCAUGGAGUAUGUCAGUCACAAGACUGUGAUGGUACAGUUGCGGAGUUCUACCUGAAAUGUGCUGCCCACCCUACCUGUGAUAAUGACACUUCAGCAUCACUGGACUUGAUAAUGCCCAACACACGCAGAGUGCCCUGCAUUGCCUGCACUGACAUCAUGACUCCAGUGCUGGUGUUUCAGUGUGCCGAGCGUCAUGUGAUCUGCCUGGAGUGCUUCCACCUGUACUGUGUGACCAGACUCAAUGAGCGACAGUUUAUCCAGGAGCCGCUGGUGGGCUACUCUCUGCCCUGCGCAGCCGGCUGUCCUGAUUCGCUUAUUAAAGAGGUUCAUCAUUUCCGAGUCUUGGGAGAUGAGCAGUAUGAGCGCUACCAGCAAUACGCAGCGGAGGAGUGUGUUCUUCAGAUGGGAGGAGUUCUGUGUCCCGCUCCAGGAUGUGGUGCGGGGCUGCUUCCUGUGGAUGAAGACAGGAGAGUCUGCUGUGUGUUGGGGAAUGGACUCGGCUGUGGGUUUGUGUUUUGCAGGGACUGUAAGGCAGAGUAUCACGAGGGCCCCUGCAGACAGAGGACAGACACGGCAACAGGAAGUGCCCUACAGGGUUAUAUUGUAGAUGAAGAGGCAGCACUUCAUGCUCGCUGGGAACAGGCCUCACAGGAGACUAUAGACGAAACCACUCACCCCUGCCCCAAAUGCCAAGUUCCUGUGGAAAAAAAUGGUGGCUGUAUGCACAUGGUGUGUCCGCGUCCGCAGUGUAAGUUUGAAUGGUGCUGGCUCUGUCGUGUGGAGUGGAACAGAGAAUGCAUGGGCAACCACUGGUUCGGAUGAGCCAGAUACGCUCUCACCAUGAGCUAAACUCAGGAAAUGAAGCCAAAUGGAAACCUCGCAGGACUCUAGCGAAUCAUUAGCAAGUCGAAUCAUUAGCACUGUUGUGAGGUACAUAUCAUGAAAUGCUGCUGACAUUCAAAAGUAUCUGUGGUAACCACAAAUAAUUUAGGUGUGAUGGAAUAAAAUUCUAGUGUUAUUAAAAUGUUUUAAUGAAAUGCUGAGUCGUGUUCUCCUUUAAGUCAUCGAAUUCCAAGAUAUUGAUUUGCUAAUGGGAGUAUUACUGACUGCACUUAAUAAUCACAAUGAAAGUGUUUAAGGUUUUUCUCACCAUAAUCUAGCUGUUUUAUUUUUAUUUUUUUUAUUUUGAAAGUGUCAUUUAUUUCUGUGACGGUAAAGCUGAAUUUUCAGCAUCAUUACUCCAGUCUUCAGUGUCACAUGAUCCAUCAGAAAUCAUUCUAAUAUGCUGAUUUGCUGCUCAUGAAACAUUUAUUAUUAUAAACAUGUUUAAAACAGUUGUGCUGCUUCAUAUUUUUGUGGAAACUGAGAUAGAAAGUCCAAAAUUAACAGCAUUUAUUUGAAAUGGAAAUCUUUUAAAAUGAUGAAUGUCUUUACUGUCACUUUAAUGCAUCCUUACUGAAUUAAAGUUUUCAUUCGGGGGGAUGGAUUCUAAACUUUUCAACGGUAGUGUAACUUGCAUUUAUGUUCUCCAAGACACUAUUGGAUUACAAAUUUUUGUGGAUGUGUCAAAACGAGAUUCGUGAUCAAAAUGGAAAAAAUCAAUUUGAAUUAAUGGG